UUUGGAUGCAUCUUUUUUUUUCUUUCUUUCUCUUGAACAGUUAAAAAGUACACGCUUGUUUUUUUGUUUUUUUUUUGCAUGGGAAUGUGUAAACUGUGGGCGUAAUCAAAUACCGUCUGGAUGCCCGGACCGUCCGCGGAGUAGGAAAUUAAGGGAUGACACAAACGCCUUUCUCGGGGUUUCCUUUAAACAUGUAAUGAGCAACUUGGAAAUAACUGCAGUUUGGAUUUCAAUCGCAUUUUCACCGUUGGUCAAAUAAGUGGUGCUCUUAUUUUGGCCGGGAGAUACAUACCAGCGACAGGGGGAUACAUACAAUUUGGCGUUAAAAGCCUACUCGUAACGCGGCCCAAAAAUGAUGAACACAGGUCCCAGCAUUGUGUACGAGUGGCUGAAGACCCUGCAGCUGUGUCAGUACGUGGAGUCGUUCGUUGACAACGGCUAUGACGACUUGGAAGUUUGUAAGCAAAUCGGGGACCCCGACCUGGACGCCAUCGGCGUCUACACUCCCCACCACCGGCAGAGGAUACACGACGCGGUGCGCCGGCUGAAGGAGGAGGACAAAGAGACGGCGACGGGGCUCUACUUCACCCUGGAGCCGAUGCCCCCGUCCUCCCAGAUCUACACCAGCCACAUGGUGGAGCAGUACGAGACCAAGCUGCGAGGGUCCAAGUCGUGGACGGAGCAGAACGUCGACCGCGUCGGAGUGAAACAGGGCUACCUGGGCGCGAACCGGAACCUGACGCUGGGUAACUGCAGGGAGCUGGUGAUGUAUCCCAAGCUGAAGCUGAAGAUCAUGAUCAGGGAUAAACUCAUUCGAGACGGGAUUAACCUCAGCAAGCCGCCGUACUCCAACAAGGUCACGUGUUGGAGCCGGCGAUGUAUUUCGGGCCUCUGUCUCGAGGAAGAGGAGGGAUUGGCACAUUCUGAGGAAGAUGAGGAAGAGGCGGAUGAGGAGCAUGAGGAGGAAGAGGAGGAUAAGGAGGAGGGAUUGGCACAUUCUGAGGAAGAUGAGGAAGAGUAG